CAAUUUAUGGUCAUGACAUCAUCUAAAGUAAGAACAAUAUUGUCAAUACCAGAUCAGAAGACGAACUUGGGACCCAAACUACAGACAGAUGAUCUACUUCCUGGAUGAAUCUAAUCAUCUGACCAACACUUGGCUGUGUAUCACAAGUAUUCAAGUAUUUGAGUAUGGCCGCCGCGAUCGGAGUGCAUUUCAAUAUCUGAGUGAAUUAUAUAGGGAUGUUGAGAGGAAGAUAAAAGCAGCUGAGUUUGAUUGUUCUCAGCUGCAAUUACUCUUCAAGCCAUGGCCUAGCAAGAGUAAAGAUUCAUCUGAUGACAAGAAGAUAGAUAAGAUACAGCUUAACAAGGAGGAACCUGGAGAAUAUCUUAAAGAAACCUUAACACAGGAUGAAAGAGAAGCAAUUAAUGCCAUGGAAAAGAUACUUGUAAAGGCUGAAAAAGCAAGAAAUUUACAGAAAAAGGCUGAAGAUUGCCCAAAAAGUUACUCCAGGAAACUGUCUGCAUCAUCUCAAAUAGAAUUAACAGCAGAUGAAAGGGAUAAAACUAAGGAUGAUUCAUCUAAUGAAAGGAUAAAUUCCUUGAAAAAAGAUGAUGAUAAAAUCAAGACACAUAAAGUAUUAACUACGAAAGGACUUACACAAACUGCAGAUACCAGAAAACCUGGAGGAAUUAAAAGGCCUGUGUUAUCUAAUAAAAAUCAUGUGAAGGCACCUUUUCAAACAAAUCCAAGUCUUUCAUUUCCAAAAAAGUCUUCAAACCAGGAAGCCAUGAUCAGGGGGACAAGAAGUAAAAAGUUUGUCCCAAAAGGUGGGACAAUGGCCUUAAAGAGAGGGCCUGUUGCUGGCCAGCUAAAGUCAGUCAAUGAGAGGCACGGUGCACAAAACCAGAAGACGGCAAAAACUGAACUGAAGAAUCACCAGGAUGAAAAUUGUUCUGUGAUGGGAGAUAAAUUAGCAGAGGACACAUCCCAAGAACAAACAGAGAAAGCAGAGUCACCUCCCACUCACAACAAACACCCUAUACGUCACAACAAGUCUUCAUCUAGUCACUCUAGUCAUACUGAGUCAACAUUUGUACAUGGAGAGGAACAAAGAGUACCUGUUGUUAAUGAUUCGGCUCAGACAACAGACACAGAUAAAAAAGAACCUGAAACAGUGAACAGAUUUCUCUUGUUAAAAAAUGGAAGUAAUAUUGAGAUUCCAGUGAAACUGAGGAAGUUAGUCUCUGUGAAUCACAAACUCAGACAGAAAUUGUCCGUCAGAAGAAUGACUGAGAAGGUGGAUUCCAGGAAGUCUAGGCAGGAUUUUAUUGACUCAGUAGAACAAAUGUUUGAGUUAGAUCCUGGUUAUGAGGUGACUCUGUCUGUGGAGAGAGUGGAGCGGGAGUAUGAGGCUCUUAGGGAGACACUGGAGGGGCUGACAACAGAAGUAUCUGAUGAUGAAACUCAUGCAUUUGAAGUGCUAAGAACAAAGAAGAUGCUGGAAUUAGUUCUGACCAGAUUUUAUCAACUUCAGGAGGAAGUGUCCAUACAAAAUACAGAUCUCGGUCACCUGAAUCUCCUCAAACCUGACCCCCACAGAGGCCCCUCACCCCCAGGCAGCAGGUCAGCCAUGGUGUGGUCUGACUGUAUAGAUAAGUACACCCUACCUAUACUGAAUCACCAUGUACAGUACCACUCUGACAGACAGUUAGAGUGCUAUCUCCAUCUGGUGUUUCAGCUUCAGUAUAAACAACUUGUCAAUAAACUCCAGAGGAUCCUCGUAUCUAAUAUCACAGAUCUAAUGGAGACUGCUGAUCUCUCUCCAGGUGAUUAUAUGCAGUUGCUGAGGUCCUUUUGUUUUACAACAGACUCUAAAACCUACCCUGUAGUUGUUAAGGACACCAUGGAAGGCUCAGUACAGUCCUCGGAUUGACUAAAGAUAAAUUAAAGCUUAACUUGUUAUCCCUUUAUACUUUAUA